AAUGAGUCAAAACCGGAUCCACACCCCAGUUGGGCCUCCCGCUCCGCACAAACGUGGCGGUAUCUCGAGAAUCAGAGAGGGUCGGUGGGUCGGUGCAGAUUGAUGAAUUGAUCUUCGAUAUCCGGUGGAGACUUGAAACCCAAACCUGGCUUUUACUCGGCCCUUCUCUCUGAGAACACUUGACAGAACUCUUUUUUCACACAUUCUCUCUCUCUUCUAACCAAAAGCCCAAACAUGACCUCAAUUACUCCGCCCCAACCCCAUUCACUUUCUUCCCUGCGCACCACCUCGUCCGCCGCCGCCUACCACCACCGGCUGCCAAGUUGCCUGCUCUUAUCUCAUCGGAACCCUGGACUUGCCCUUGACUUCACCUCCGCUUCAAGUUGUUUCCACCGCCUCUUGAGAUCCCGCAGAUCCUUCGCCGUCGCCACCUUGAUGGCCAAUUCGGUACCGCCAAGAAGUGGAGUAUAUACUGUCGGUGAUUUCAUGACCAGGAAAAAGGAUUUGCAUGUGGUAAAGCCUACAACAACUGUAGAUGAAGCUCUGGAAACUCUAGUUGAAAACAGAAUUACUGGUUUCCCUGUGAUUGAUGACAACUGGAAAUUGGUUGGCCUUGUUUCGGAUUAUGACUUGUUAGCAUUGGACUCCGUAUCAGGUGGUGGACGGACUGACAUAAGUAUGUUUCCAGAAGUUGACAGCACUUGGAAAGUAUGUAAGAGCCAUCUUUGUUUAGAAACAUUCAAUGAGGUGCAGAAGUUGCUCAGUAAAACCAAUGGGAAAGUGGUUGGUGAUUUGAUGACACCUGCACCAGUCGUUGUUCGUGAAUCCACCAAUCUCGAGGAUGCUGCUAGAUUAUUGUUAGAAACAAAAUAUCGCCGACUUCCAGUUGUAGAUGGUGAGGGAAAACUGGUUGGGAUUAUUACAAGAGGAAACGUCGUUAGAGCUGCCCUUCAAAUAAAACAUGCUAGUGAAACCAAAGCAUGACAUCCAGGAAAACACUUUUAAUCCUGAAGAAUUCACUGCAUUUGAAUUCGGCAAACAGCGAUAGUACUUCCAAUUUUUUCAAUCAAAGAGAGUGAAGGAUCUCCAUUGUUGUAAACGUACAAUUUUGGGUUAUGCAUGUAUAAAACAUCAUUGAUUCUUCCUUACUAAAAUUAUAUGGAGAGAGAGAGAGAGAGAGAGUACUUGUUGGGGCCAAAGUUGUUAUCCUUCCUAACAGAAUGGAAAAUAAAAGGCAGGAAAAUACUUUUUCCAUAGCAUGAUAGAAGCUUUUGUAGGAUUAUUAUAAAUGUUGGUGGUUUUUGUGCAUUUGAUGUGAAAGCUACGAGGCAUUUAUUUAAGUUAGCUUUCCUUAUACAUUUCUCAAUUAUUCACUUUUUAUUUAGUGUUUAGCGUGUUAGCGAGUGCUCUAAUGGAAUCUGUUAAUAACACUCAUGUAUAAGUCAUUUAUUUCUC